AUGCCUUUCAUAUGUGCCACGUUUCGACCAAUUUGUGAAGGGUACAUCGUGGUUAAAAACGUACCUGGUGCUGCGGAUGGGUCGUACGGAGUGGAGGGUGACGGUGAUGCGGAUGGCCCUACAGUAGUGGCCGGGCGAGGGGCGUCAGAAGGCCAUGGCACGGUGGAUGGGCUCGGCGCUGUGGAUGAUGAAGGCCCUGCGGAUGGGCGGGUCGCAGAAGCGGGUGACGGUGCAGCGGAUGGGCGGGGCGUUGCGGAUGAUGCAGGUGCAGCGGAUGGGCGAGUCCCAGUAGCGGGCGACGGUGCAGCGGAUGGGCGGGGCGCUGCGGAUGAUCCAGGUGCAGCGGAUGGGCGAGUCCCAGUAGCGGGCGACGGUGCUGCGGAUGGGCGGGGCGCUGCUGAUGAUGCAGGUGCAGCGGACGGGCGAGUCGCAGAAGCGGGUGAGGGUGCAGCGGAUGGGCGGGGCGCUGCGGAUGAUGCAGGUGCAGGGGAUGGGCGAGUCGCAGAAGCGGGCAACGGUGCACCGGAUAGGCGGGGCGCUGCGGAUGAUGCAGGUGCAACGGAUGGGCGAGUCCCAGUAGCGGGCGACGGUGCUGCGGAUGGGCGGGGCGCUGCUGACGGCCCUGGCGCUGCUGAUGGGCAGGGCGCUGCGGGUGAUGCAGUUGCAGCAGACGACCGGCGCGCAGAGGAGGGAGACGACGGUGCGGUUGGCCGAGUCGCUGCUGAUGGGCCUGGCGCUGCGGAAGUCGGAGUAGUGCGCCACCUUCUCUGGGAACACUUCCUUCACCGCGGGGAUGAGGCCUUUGUCCCGGUCGCUGAUGAUGGUCGCGUCGUCUCGUCCCUUCCAGUCUGA